AAGGAAGAUGCACAGGGGCAGGUGAUGUAUGAGAACAUGUCCACGAUGGUGUGCGUGAAGGAGGACCCAGGUGAGAAGCUGUCCCAGGAGGAGAUCAUCUCCAGGACCAAGCAGGUGAUCCAGGGUCUGGAGACUUUGAAGCACGAGCACCAGUCCAUCCUGGAUGGCCUCCUGCAGACACUGCGCUGCCUAAAGCAGGACGAGGAGAGCAGCCUGGUGGAGGAGAAGUCUAUGAUGAUCCGCAAGUCCUUGGAGAUGCUGGAGCUGGGACUGAGCGAGGCACAGGUGAUGAUGGCUCUGUCAGGGCACCUGAGCUCAGUGGAGUCAGAGAAACAGAAGCUGCGCGCACAGGUGCGGCGGCUGUGCCAGGAGAAUCAAUGGCUGCGUGAUGAGCUGGCAGGCACCCAGCAGAAGCUGCAGCGUAGCGAGCAGAGUGUGGCCCAGCUGGAGGAGGAGAAGAAGCACCUGGAGUUCAUGAACCAGCUCAAGAAAUAUGACGAGGACCUCUCGCCCUCUCAGGAAGAAAAGGAUUCUGAUUCCACCAAGGAGAGUUUGGAUGACCUCUUUCCCAAUGAUGAGGAUGAACAAGGUCCUGGCAUUCCACAGCAUAAUGCCAGCAGCGCGGCUGUUGCUGCUGCCCAGCAGGGUGGAUAUGAGAUCCCAGCCCGUCUGCGCACCCUUCACAACCUGGUAAUCCAGUAUGCCUCCCAGGGCCGUUAUGAGGUGGCCGUUCCACUCUGCAAGCAGGCCCUGGAAGACCUUGAGAAGACCUCAGGCCAUGACCACCCUGACGUGGCUACCAUGCUUAACAUUCUCGCCCUGGUCUACAGGGAUCAGAACAAGUACAAGGAGGCAGCCAACCUGCUGAAUGAUGCCCUGGCUAUCCGAGAGAAAACUCUGGGAAAGGAUCACCCAGCGGUGGCUGCCACCCUCAACAAUCUGGCCGUGCUCUACGGGAAGAGGGGCAAGUACAAAGAGGCAGAACCGCUGUGCAAACGAGCCUUGGAGAUCCGUGAGCAGGUGCUGGGAAAGGACCAUCCUGAUGUGGCCAAACAGCUAAACAACUUGGCACUGCUGUGCCAGAAUCAGGGCAAGUACCAAGAAGUGGAGUACUACUACCAGCGAGCACUGGACAUUUACCAGACCAAGCUGGGCCCAGAUGACCCCAAUGUGGCCAAGACAAAGAACAACCUGGCAUCCUGUUACCUCAAGCAGGGGAAGUUCAAACAGGCUGAGACGCUGUACAAAGAGAUCCUCACACGCGCUCAUGAGAGGGAAUUUGGCUCUGUGGACGAUGAGAACAAACCCAUCUGGAUGCAUGCAGAGGAAAGAGAGGAGCAGAGCAAGGGAAAACAGAAAGAUGGCUCACCCUUUGGGGAGUAUGGUGGCUGGUACAAGGCAUGCAAAGUCGACAGCCCCACAGUGACCACUACCUUGAAGAACUUGGGUGCCCUCUACAGGCGGCAAGGCAAGUUUGAGGCUGCGGAGACCCUAGAGGAGGCUGCCAUGCGCUCUCGGAAGCAGGGUCUGGACACAGUGCAUAAGCAGCGUGUUGCUGAAGUGCUGAGUGAUCCUGAGGCCCGGGAGAAGCAGCGCAGCCGCGAGAGCUUGACUUCGGAUGUGGUGAAGUAUGAAAGUGGCCCAGACGGUGGCGAGGAAGUGAGUAUGAGCGUGGAAUGGAAUGGGGAUGGCUCUGGUUCCCUCAAGCGCAGCGGCUCCUUCAGCAAACUCCGCGCCUCGCUCCGCCGCAGCAGUGAGAAACUCGUUCGUAAGCUGAAGGGUGGCGGGUCACGUGACAACGAGCCCAAGAACCCUGGCAUGAAGCGUGCCAGCUCAAUGGGUGUUCUAAACGUGGCGGACAAGGCUCGCGGAGAAACCGUCCAAGAACGAAAUAGUCGUCUGAGGAAGGGCCGAGACCUGAGUGCCAGCCACACAGACCUGGCGCACUGACGGUCUGGCCAGAGCGACAUGAACGGAGAGUGGAAGGAAGGCUCCCACAAUCCCCCGCCCCCUUUUGGCACUCAUACUUUCAUAUUCGGCUGUUCCGGUCCAUCGGUCCAUGCCAGGACUCUAUACCAUCAAAUGAGCACAUUCUCUUCUCAUUUAGGUCUUUUUAGGCCAUUUUUCCCUGCCUGCAUAAUGACUGCAUCUAGUUGCUGGUUUUCCUGGGUGGACUUUAGUAUUAGUUUUUUUUAUUAUUAUUGUUAAGAAUGUCAGCCACUGUGAUACAGGUGCAGGACUGGAAGAAAACUCAGUUAAUAAGAGUGGUUAUGGGGCAAUAUGCUGUAUUCACUGUAGUUUGGGGUGCUCAUGUAAAAAAGCUUUUCAUUUUUGUUACUCCUGUCUCAGUUCACACCACUAAUCUACAUUUUUUACCUGGAUGUCAAAUGAUUUCUGAUUUACAGUUAACAGCUCAGACCCAGGGGCUGUACGGCGACAUCCUUGUCACUGUUUCGCUCUUUACUGUGUUUUCACUGGUCAAGAGCUACCUUGAUGAAAGUCUGUUUACAUUGGGCUGUGAAACCUAUGUUUGUUUUCUUUGUUUUAGCUCGUUUUUUGGGACUAGGUAAUUAGGAAUAAGUGUUUUGUUGCGGGGGCCUAAAAGCUGUGUGUGUGCAAAGAAACAGAUUGCUUAGGUGUACAGGUUUUGGCACUUUAGAAUCAAAAGCAUAAUUGACUCUAAAACCAAUAUUUUUCUUGGUCUCCCCUUUGUAAAAACAAAGGAUAGAACAGUUUUAUUAACUGUUACUUUCAUGUACAUCUUAAUAUGAAUGUUUUAAAUAUAUUCCUGCUGUACUUGUUACUUUAAGCAGGAACAUAUGACUCCAUCAUUUACUCCAAGUUUGUUUUCGCCAGUUGAUUACUUGGAAUUCUAAGUACACAACGAGUUGGUUUAUGUGAUGGUAUCAGCUUUAGGAAAUGUAGCUGGCACAAAAGCAAACUUUCAAAAUAUCUGUUAUCAAGCAGUUUGCAUCACGUCUGUUCAGUUGUUGCACCUUUGAAAAAACAAGGUCUGAUUUUACUACCAUGCUACCAUAAUCGGAGAGUAGCUGGCUAUAUUUAAAUGAGCUUUAUUUGUGGUAGAAGGUCGAGUGUGGUGAUGCAUCGUUUGUUUAAAUGUGUCAUCUAGUGUUCGUCAGGGUGACAGUUGAAUGAGAAUGUGAACUAUAACUUGGGAUUGUCAGUAGUGCUGGUAGCUGUACAGUAAUAAGUUUGCUAGAAGGGAGACAGUAGAUGUAGCCGCUGCAGAAUAUAGACGGUCCUUAGAGAUAUAGGAAUGUUUGACUCACCCUGCUGCCUUUACAGAAUCACAUAAUGAUAAUAGAAAUAGCCUUAAGUCGUAGAGUUAACCCUGCCUAUCCCAUGCCUCUCUCAAACAAAUGACUCAGGUCUGUUAAUAGGAUGGAAGAAAAGAGGUUUCCCUUUGCAUCUGCAUCACAGCUUAGCUGUGGCCAGAAGGGAAGUGCUCCGGUCUCUGUUACAACCACACGAUGGUGUUGGGAUUCUCCCAUCCCACAGGACUCAUGUUUCUUUCUCCGCUGGAGAGGUGAGGGAUGCAAGUCUUGACGGAAAGCAAGCAGUGAAACGGUUAGGCUGCUGCUCUUGUAAUUGACCGGUUGCCUAUUGAAAACCAAGAACAUCACGUAUAGGCACUGUAGCCUUCCUUCUAUAUCACUCGUGAAAAUGCUCAACUAGAUACGUUAGUAUAUCCAGUACGAAAAUGCAAGUGCGGCAUUAGCUGCUUUAGAGAAGCGUGUUCUUAGUAUGACUUUUAAUAAAGACUGAUUGUCUGGGCUGUAAAUGUAUAAAAAUAAGCGAACGUACCAUCUCGCUCAAAGACGUAGAUUUAAGAGGAGUCGGACAACCAAAAACCUUUGCAAGAGGUGCGAUUGCUUAAAGCUGAACGGGUGGGAGAAUGUACCAUAAGAGGAAAUGUACUGAAGCUGUUACAAAUUACCCACAUGAUCAAUUUAACACUGAAACUUGGUCCAAAUGGCUGCGUUGUGACUGUGCAAUAUAGGAAUCGGCCUUUACAGCGGCAACACCUCCUUCGGUGUUUCACAUUUGUGCAGGAAGGAACAAUCCUUCUGGAUCCAGUACCUUUAGACUGUUAUACUGAAGCCUGGCGGAUAAAUGCGAGCGAUGUUUCCGCGGAGCUCUGAAAACGUUGCCGUACAAUGUUGCGGAAAGAAGGCGAACGUUGGCCCUUGUGCUACGCAACGGAGGCCAGGGAGCCGCGUAUGGACUGUUGACGAGGCCGUUGGGUUCCUAACGUUUGAAAUGACUUUAUUUUAUUAAACGUGCGAUACUGUAGAAGGUAUCACAGUGGCUGCAUUAAUUUUUAAUUAUACUGCACAAAGGAAUUUGGAGACUUGUUACUGAAAUACUGUCAGAAGUGUAUCGUGUGGUUUGUUGGUGGUAAAACUGCGCGCGUUUCGGCCAUGUUUUUUUUUUCGUCUUUCAUCACUCCGGGUUUUUUCCACUGAUGUUUCUCUAGAGGAGAAGGGAGAGGGGACACUUUCAGGUGGAAGGACACGGCGUGACUUUAGGGUCAGUGAUUAAGGAGCGGAGCCGCUGCUGACUUUCGCGCCGCAGUCCCGAUCGAGGAGUCCAGUCUUGCACUUCACCUUCUUGCCUCUGGGUGCCGCUGCGGCUCGGUCACCGCCGGAAGCGCACUUUGGGCCGAUGACCACUUCCCUUGUACCCGAGCUGUGUUUAUGUAUUUUUGAAAAAUUGUGAAGUACUUCAGAAUGACUAAUAAAAACGAUGUCCAUU